UCUCGUAUGCGCAUGCCCCGAGUUUGCGGCACGUGAUGUGAUCAAGACGGGACGAUGGCGGCUCCUGCAGCAGCUGCCCGGCGAGCAUGGAGCCAGACGGGGGUCUCAAGGCUGGGGCCCUUUAUUGGGAGCCUCCACAGAGAGAUCCACAAAACAUCUCUCCCGGCUGCCUGGCUAAGAGUUAAAGCUCCCUUUUCCCCUCAUCCGCAUCCUCUGAAUGGCUGCCACACUCUCCUGCUGAGGCCAUCAAUCCGGUGUCAAAGCACAGCGGCUGUUGCUGGUGCCCAGGUCGUUCAGCCUGUUGUAUCCCCACCUAUAGAAACCUCUCUGGCCGCUGGAGAUCUUGGCCAAGCUGUUCAGGAGCUAAGCUUAGCUGAGCUGGGCUUGGGCUCCCACACCCCGGUAGGCCUGAUCCAGAACUUUUUGGAGAGCCUCCAUGUGGACGUGGGGCUCCCUUGGUGGGGAGCCAUUGUAGCAGGUGAGGAGAAUCGGAUGCAGCUUUUCCCUGGCAGAGAGGGCAUUGUGGAUAAUCUGGCAGGGCCAUUAACUCCAUGGUGUUUAUGGCCUUGGUACUGUGGCAGAGAACCAGUGUGGC